GCGCGGUGCUCCGUUCUUCCUUCUGACGCAGACUCGAAGGUAGCAAAAGGACUUCACGGGCCGGGAGGCGACAUCUCAUCAUGAGCGAAGCUCAGCUUCUGACCCGGGAGGAGGCCUUGCGCCUGGGGUCGCCCCAGUGGAAGCACGCCUGCCACGUCCUCCUCUACGCACCCUGCCCCGGACGCCUCUUUGGGAAAUUCCCGCUGCGUUAUGCCGUCUUGAUGCAGAUGCGGUUUGAUGGCCGCCUGGGCUUUCCAGGUGGGUUUGUGGACCCAGAGGAUGUCUCCUUGGAGGAGGGUCUGAGUAGGGAGCUCCAUGAAGAGUUGGGCCCAGCGGCUGCUUUGCUGCAAGUGACUGAACAGGAUCAUCUGAGCGCCUGUACAUCUGAGAAGCCCCAGCGAGUGGUGGCUCAUUUUUACAUCAAGCAGCUGAGCCUGGAGGAGCUUCAAGCCCUGGAGGAGAAGGCCACUCAGGCCAAAGACCACGGAUUAGAGGUUAUGGGUCUCCUCCGUGUCCCCCUCUAUACCCUACGGGACGGUGUUGGAGGCCUCCCUGCUUUCCUUACAAACACUUUCAUUGGUAAUGCCCGGGAGCAGCUGAUUCACUCCCUGGACACCUUGCAGCUGGUGCCAAGAGAGCAACUUCAGAAAGCUGUGAACAUGGCCCAGAAGAGACCUUGAGUUUCAUUGGAUAGCUUUGUUGCCCUCUUGCCCUGAAUGGCUCCAUGAUGGGAUCACGGAAGAACAUUAAACUCCUGCAGGUGAAGAGUGUGGGAACAGAUCUAGAAAGGAUCUUUUCUGUUUUCUCACCUCCCUGGAAUGGCUGGGUGUCUUGGAAGGGAGUCUUUCAAGGCAGAUGGCUCUGGACAGAGAUUUUGUCAUCUGGAUUGUUUUGCAUUUGCUUUGUCAAUGGUGUCUGCCCAACUUGGAUCUAAGAAAGUAUUUGAAAAUUAAAGCAAAAUGGUUUACUUCUUACCAUGCAAA